AUGGGUGCAACCAAACAGCACGAAAGCACAGAGCCGCUGCUUGCGCUUGCCAGUGGCGUUCUGCCCUCGUAUAAUGACGUGAGCGACGCUGUCAUCAUAGAUCAAGAUGGGAAACCUCAAUUCUUAUCACCAGAAGAAGAAGCAGAGCGCCGGCAGCGACUGGAGCAAGCAGUGCGCGAGAAGAUGUUAGGGUUACCACGGACGACAAAGUUCGAAUGGCAUCAGGGAACUUCAGGCACUGGACGAACUGCGAGCGAAGAACUACAGCUGCCGUUGUAUACGCCCCGGGAAGACAAGCAUGAAUGA